UCCGGCGGCAGGUCGGGGCAGGGGUGUGUGCUCCCUUCUCCGCGCUGGGACCGCGCUGGGACCGCCCGGCCCCGCGCGCCGCGGGCGCGGCUCGGGAGUCCCAUGUUGCGUUCCUACCCACCAUGGCCAAACCAACAAGCAAAGAUUCAGGCUUGAAGGAGAAGUUCAAGAUUCUGUUGGGACUGGGAACUUCAAGACCAAAUCCCAGGUCUGCAGAGGGCAAACAGACGGAGUUUGUCAUCACAGCGGAAAUCCUGAGAGAACUGAGUGUUGAAUGUGGCCUCAACAAUCGCAUUCGGGUGAUAGGGCAGAUCUGUGAAGUCGCAAAAACAAAAAAAUUUGAAGAGCAUGCAGUGGAAGCACUCUGGAAGGCAGUUGCAGACCUGCUGCAGCCGGAACGGCCCCCAGAGGCCCGCCACGCAGUACUGGCUCUCCUGAAGGCCAUCGUGCAGGGACAGGGGGAUCGCUUGGGUGUUCUCAGGGCCCUCUUCUUCAAGGUCAUCAAGGAUUAUCCCUCCAAUGAAGACCUCCACGAAAGACUGGAAGUUUUCAAGGCCCUUACGGAUAAUGGGAGACACAUUACCUACUUGGAAGAAGAACUGGCUGAGUUUGUCCUGCAGUGGAUGGAUAUCGGCCUGUCCUCAGAAUUCCUUCUGGUGCUUGUGAACUUGGUCAAAUUCAACAGCUGUUACCUCGAUGAAUAUAUUGCAUCAAUGGUCCACAUGAUCUGCCUGCUGUGUGUGCAGACUGUGUCCUCCGUGGACAUAGAGGUGUCUCUGCAGGUGCUGGAUGCUGUGGUCUGCUACAACUGCCUGCCAGCCGAGAGCCUCCCCCUCUUUAUUGUCACUCUCUGUCGCACCAUCAAUGUCAAGGAGCUCUGUGAACCUUGCUGGAAGCUGAUGCGUAACCUCCUGGGCACCCACCUGGGCCACAGUGCUAUCUAUAACAUGUGCCGCAUCAUGGAGGACAGAGCCUACAUGGAAGAUGCCCCGCUGCUGAGAGGAGCUGUGUUCUUUGUUGGCAUGGCUCUCUGGGGAGCCCACCGACUCCAUUCUCUCAAGAACUCCCCGACAUCUGUGUUGCCAUCAUUUUAUGAGGCCAUGACCUGUCCAAACGAGGUGGUGUCCUAUGAGAUCGUCCUCUCUAUAACCAGACUCAUCAAGAAGUACAAGAGGGAGCUCCAGGCUGUGACGUGGGACAUUCUGCUGAACAUUAUCGAACGCCUGCUUCAGCAGCUUCAGAGCCUGGAGAGCCCAGAGCUCAGAGCCAUUGUCCAUGACCUGCUGACCACAGUGGAAGAGCUAUGUGAUCAGAACGAGUUCCAUGGCUCACAGGAGAGAUACUUUGAGCUCAUUGAGAGAUGUGCAGACCAAAGACCUGAGUCCUCCCUCUUAAACUUAAUAACCUACAGGGCUCAGUCCAUCCACCCAGCAAAGGUUGGCUGGAUUCACAACCUGCAGUUACUGAUGGAGAAAUUCUUCAGGAGUGAAUCUCGCAGUGCUGUGCGUAUCAAGGUGCUGGACGUCCUGUCCUUCGUGCUGCUCAUCAACAGGCAGUUCUAUGAGGAGGAGCUCAUCAACACGGUGGUCAUCUCACAGCUCUCCCACAUCCCUGAGGACAGAGACUAUCAGGUCCGGAAGUUGGCCACCCAGUUGCUGGUGGACCUGGCCGAAGGCUGCCACACCCACCACUUCAACAGCCUGCUGGACAUCAUUGAGAAAAUCUUCUCUCCAAAGGUGAUUGCCCGCUCCCUCUCUCCGCCCCCAGAGCUGGAGGAAAGAGACAUGGAGGCAUACUCUGCCUCCUUGGAGGAUGUGAAGACGGCUGUCCUGGGGCUUCUGGUCAUCCUUCAGACCAAGCUGUAUACCUUGCCUGCCAGCCACGCUAUGCGUGUGUACGAGAUGCUCGUCAAUCACAUCCAGCUCCACUAUAAGCACAGCUAUACCCUGCCUAUUGCCAGUAGCAUCCGGCUGCAGGCCUUCGACUUCCUGCUGCUGCUGCGGGCCGACUCACUGCAUCGCCUUGGCCUGCCCACCAAGGAUGGCGUUGUGCGGUUUAGCCCCUACUGCCUCUGUGACUACAUGGAGACAGAGAGAGGCUCUGAGAAGAAGGCCAGUGGCCCCCUGUCACCUCCCACCGGGCUGUCUGGCCCAGCCUCUGCAGGCCCCACCGUACGGCUUGGCUCUCUGCCCUACUCCCUGGUCUUCCGUGUCCUCCUGCAGUGCUUGAAGCAGGAGAUUGACUGGAAGGUGCUGAAGCUUGUGCUCAGCAAGCUGCCGGAGUCGCUGCGUUACAAGGUCCUCAUUUUCACCUCUCCGUGCAGCGUUGACCAGCUGUCUUCUGCUCUGUGCUCCAUGCUUUCAGGUCCCAAGACGCUCGAACGACUUCGAGGCACCCCAGAAGGGUUCUCCAGAACUGACCUACAUCUGGCUGUGGUUCCUGUGCUGACAGCAUUGAUCUCUUACCAUAGCUACUUGGACAAAGCCAGACAGCGGGAGAUGGUGUACUGCCUGGAGCAAGGCCUCAUCUAUCGCUGCGCCAGCCAGUGUGUGGUGGCCCUGGCCAUCUGCAGCGUGGAGAUGCCCGACAUCAUGAUCAAAGCUCUGCCCAUCCUGGUUGUGAAGCUCACACACAUCUCGGCCACGGCCAGUAUGGCCAUUCCACUUCUUGAGUUCCUGUCAACUCUGGCCAGGCUGCCUCACCUCUACAGGAACUUUGCAGCAGAGCAGUACGCGAGCGUGUUUGCCAUCUCCCUGCCAUAUACCAACCCUUCCAAGUUCAAUCAGUACAUUGUGUGCCUGGCCCAUCAUGUCAUAGCUAUGUGGUUCAUUAGGUGCCGCCUGCCCUUCCGGAAAGACUUUGUUCCUUUUAUCACUAAGGGCCUGCGCUCCAACGUCCUCAUGUCUUUCGAUGAUACCCCUGAGAAGGACAGCUUCAGAGCACGGAGCACCAGUCUCAACGAGAGGCCCAAGAGUUUGAGGAUAGCCAGACCCCCCAAACAAGGCUUGAAUAACUCUCCACCCGUCAAAGAAUUCAAGGAGAGCUCUGCAGCCGAUGCCUUCCGGUGCCGCAGCAUCAGUGUGUCUGAACAUGUGGUCCGCAGCAGGAUCCAGACGUCCCUCACGAGCGCCAGCUUGGGGUCUGCAGAUGAGAACUCGAUGGCCCAGGCCGAUGACAACUUGAAAAAUCUCCACUUGGAGCUCACAGAAACAUGCCUGGAUAUGAUGGCCAGAUACGUGUUCUCCAACUUCACAGCAGUCCCUAAGAGAUCCCCCGUGGGAGAGUUUCUCCUGGCCGGAGGUAGGACCAAAACCUGGCUGGUUGGGAAUAAGCUUAUCACCGUGACAACAAGUGUGGGGACUGGAACCCGGUCGCUUCUGGGCCUGGACUCGGGAGAACUGGAGGGCAGUCCAGAGUUGAGCUCUGACCUCAGCAUGCACAUGAGACAGACAAAGGAGGCACCAGCCAAACUGGAGUCCCAGACUGGGCAGCAGGUGUGCCUCGGGGCCCGGGACCGGGUUCGCUCCAUGUCUGGGGGCCACGGCCUUCGCAUUGGUGCCCUGGACACUCCAGCCUCCCACUUCCCAGGCAGCCCUGCUUUCCCGGGCCCACAGACCGCACCAGCCAGCAAGCCUGAGAAGGCCUCGGCCGGCACCCAGCUCCCGGUGCAGAAGAAGACCAACCUGGCGGCCUAUGUGCCCCUGCUGACCCAGGGCUGGGCGGAGAUCCUGGUCCGGAGGCCCACAGGGAAUACCAGCUGGCUGAUGAGCCUGGAGAACCCACUCAGCCCCUUUUCCUCGGACAUCAACAACAUGCCGCUGCAGGAGCUGUCCAACGCCCUCAUGGCCGCAGAGCGCUUCAAGGAGCGCCGCGACACGGCCCUGUACAAGUCCCUGUCAGUGCCGGCAGCCAGCUCAGCCAAGCCUUCCCCACCCCCACGUUCGAACACAGACUCUGCCGUGGUUCUAGAGGAGGGAGGUCCAGACGAGGCUAGUUUGCUGCCCCCAGAACUGGAGGACUUUGAGGCAACACUAGGCACAGACAGGCGCUGUCGGCACCCUGAAGCUUACAGCAGGUCAUCUUCAACCUCCAGCCAGGAGGAGAAGUCAUUCCGCGCAGAGGAGCUGUCUGCUGGGGGGAUCCCCAUUGAGCGGGCUGUCUCUUCCGAGGCAGCCCGGCCCUCCGUGGACCUCUCUUUCCAGCCCUCGCAGCCCCUGAGCAAGUCCAGCUCCUCACCUGAACUGCAGACCCUGCAGGACAUCCUCGGGGACCCUGGGAACAAGGCUGAUGUUGGCCGGCUGAGCCCUGAGGCUAAGGCUCGGUCACAGUCAGGGAUCCUAGAUGGGGAAGGCGCUGCCUGGUCAAAACCAGGCGAAGCCAGCCGGGGCCCCUCCCACGCCGAGGGUCCCAUGCCUUCCAGCUGUCCCCGCUCCCCCAGUGGCCUGCGGCCCCGAGGCUACACCAUCUCUGAUUCGGCCCCGUCACGCAGGGGCAAGAGGGUGGAGAGGGACUCCUUCAAAAGCAGAGCAGGAGCCUCCAAUGCCGAGAAGGUGCCAGGUAUCAACCCCAGCUUUGUGUUCCUACAGCUCUACCAUUCGCCCUUCUUUGGUGACGAGUCCAACAAGCCAAUCCUUUUGCCCAAUGAGUCUUUCGAGCGGUCAGUGCAGCUCCUCGACCAGAUCCCGUCAUAUGACACGCACAAGAUUGCCGUCCUGUACGUGGGAGAAGGCCAGAGCAAUAGUGAACUCGCCAUCCUGUCCAACGAGCAUGGCUCCUACAGGUACACGGAGUUCCUGACAGGCCUGGGCAAGCUCAUCGAGCUCAAGGACUGUCAGCCGGAUAAGGUGUACCUGGGUGGCCUGGAUGUGUGUGGCGAGGACGGCCAGUUCACCUACUGCUGGCAUGAUGACAUCAUGCAAGCUGUCUUCCACAUUGCCACCCUGAUGCCCACCAAGGACGUGGACAAGCACCGCUGUGACAAGAAGCGCCACCUGGGCAACGACUUUGUGUCCAUUGUCUACAAUGACUCUGGCGAGGACUUCAAGCUGGGUACCAUCAAAGGCCAGUUCAACUUUGUCCAUGUGAUUAUCACCCCCCUGGACUAUGAGUGCAACCUGGUGUCGCUGCAGUGCAGGAAAGACAUGGAGGGCCUGGUGGACACCAGCGUGGCCAAGAUUGUGUCUGACCGCAACCUGCCCUUCGUGGCCCGCCAGAUGGCCCUACAUGCCAAUAUGGCCUCGCAGGUGCACCACAGCCGCUCCAACCCCACUGACAUCUAUCCCUCCAAGUGGAUCGCCAGGCUCCGCCACAUCAAGAGGCUCCGCCACCGGAUCCGUGAGGAAGCCCACUACUCGAACCCCAGCCUGCCCCUGAUGCACCCCCCGGGCCAUGCCAAAGCCCCGGCGCAGGCCCCUGCUGAGCCCAUGCCCACCUAUGAGACAGGCCAGCGGAAGCGCCUCAUCUCCUCCGUGGAUGACUUCACAGAGUUCGUGUGAGGCUGCAGCUGGGGCAGUGCCUGGUCGUGUUGGAGUUCACCAAGAUGCUGAGGACGUGCCCAGGGCUCCUUGCAGCUGCCCUGCUAGACCCUCCCUGCGCCUACAAGGCAUUGGGCAGUAUUUAUUUGUGCAAAUGAAUAAAGUGGUUGUGUGCCCACUGGCCCUCAAUGCUCGGACACAGACACA